AACUGUCCACAAAUUUGCCACACUUCACCACAUACUAAAUAUCCUUAUUUCUUCCUAUAUUCCCAAUCCCAUAUCACACUGCACACAGACACCAUCUUACUUGCUCCCCUAACAUCUACCAUCCCACUAUCAUGGCUACUGCCGCCCCCGCCACCGCCUCAUACAUCUUCGGAACCCGCAUUGCCGGUCCAAACCCCGGGCCUGCAAAAUUUCAGGCCCUGUUUGGCUUAGGCAAGAAGGCAGCCCCAGCAAAGAAAGCAGCCCCAAAGAGGCCAGUAGUGUCAGAUGAGGACCGGCUUGUGUGGUUCCCAGGAGCUCAACCACCUGAGUGGCUAGACGGUUCAUUAGUCGGAGACCGUGGAUUCGACCCAUUUGGGCUAGCAAAGCCUGCUGAAUACUUGCAGUUUGACUAUGAUGGGCUAGACCAGAACCUUGCUAAAAAUCUUGCUGGUGACAUCAUAGGUGCUAGGAUUGAGACUGAAGAUAUACAGCCCACACCAUUCCAACCUUAUGCAGAGGUGUUUGGAAUCCAAAGAUUUAGGGAAUGUGAGGUUAUUCAUGGUAGGUGGGCUAUGUUGGCUACACUUGGUGCUCUUUCUGUUGAGGCUCUCACUGGUGUUUCUUGGCAAGAUGCUGGAAAGGUAGAAUUGAUAGAAGGAGCAUCCUACCUAGGCCAAAAACUACCAUUCUCCCUUGGCACAUUGAUCUGGAUAGAAGUUUUACUAGUGGGAUACAUUGAGUUCCAGAGGAAUGCAGAGCUUGAUCCAGAGAAGCGCCUCUACCCUGGUGGCCAAUACUUCGACCCCCUGGGCUUGGCAGCGGACCCUGAGAAGAAGCUCAGACUACAGUUGGCGGAGAUCAAGCACUCCCGCCUCGCUAUGGUUGCGUUCCUUGGCUUCGCCAUCCAAGCUGCUGCCACCGGAAAAGGCCCUCUUAGCAAUGUUGCUGAAUUCCUGAGUGAUCCUUCUAACAACAUCCUCAAAACUUUCUCUUAAGAUACAUAACAAUAUACUCCUAUUAUUAGGAGUUAUUAUUAUGUCUUAUUCAUCUUGUUAUCUCUUAAAAAUUAAAAUCAUCCUCACUCCCUUUUAUUCUUUUAGUCCUUCCAAGUUUCACAACAUGAAUGAGGAUGUUAAUUAAUUGUGCAAUUUACUUGUACUGUGUACAUUUGUUAUACUUAAAAACAGUGUACUUGUAUUAUCUUAUCUUUUGCUCUGAGAUAAAUUUUAAUCAAAUGACACUAUUAAACAGUAAA